AUGACCGUCACCGCCAAGUGUGUGGCCUCAGGCACGGAGCAUCGCAUCCGCUUUGCUGCGUACCGCAACGGCAAGCUGAUGGCACAGUCGGACGACAUCGGUGAGUGCAUCCCAGGGUGCUACGCGCAAGACUUGACACCCUGGGAGUUGGCAGCGGAGUAUGAUGACCCACCUUCAUCCGAGCAGAUGGUUCCGUCGAACUUCUUCCGCGGUGUCCUUGAUGAUUUCAGGGUGUAUGGCUCGGAGCUCACUGCUUCGGAGGUCGAAGCUGUGGCGUCGGGUGCCGCCGUGCGGGAAGAGGACCUUCUGCUGCACUACACCUUCGACACCGACGAUGAGGAGAGCUGCAAGUACCGGCGACUGAUGAACAGCUCCGCCCGGUGCUUCGGCUUAAACGAUCAGUCCGGCCGUGUGAACUUCGAAGCUCUCGGCCAACUCCCGAACAUGAACUCGCUGAUGGGCCGCGCCAACGCAGCAACACACCUCCCCUCUCCUUUUCCCAUCAAGGCGUCCCUGCUGCACCACAGCAUGCGGGAGCACGAGUGCGCAGAGAUCUCUUUGGAAGCCACGGACGUCGACGGCGAUGCGCUGGUGUUCCAGCUAGGCUACCUCUCAGAGGGUGACUCCGUGGAGGUGUCCCUGUAUGGGGGAGUCCUGCAGUUCUGCGACGUCUUGGGCGGCCGGCGCGACGUGGACGUCUUCUACGACGCCUGCGACCCACUCGGCUUGUGUGCCUCACAGGGGGAAGGGCUUGGACACCUCCGUGUUCACGUCUUCCCCUCGGGGCCGCAUGUCAGUAGCUUCCAGUACUUGCCGGAGACCCAGCAGCUGCGGAUGGUCUUCAACAACCCCACGAACAUGCCGGAUGUCAGUGACAAGGAGCUAUUGUUAUUAUUGUAUAAUAAAAAAUACCAAUUAUUAUUCGUGUCAUUAUUUUGA